AUGGGUGCCGCCCGCGAUGCCGAGCAGCAGCCAGGGCCGCCGGGCGAAGAAGGCCCGGACGGCGCUGAGGAGCAGCUGGUCAGCACGAGCCCCUGGAACAUCAUGAUCAAGCACCGGCAGGUCCAGCGGCGCGGUCGCCGAUCCCAGAUGACAACCAGCUUCACAGACCCAUCCGUGUCCAUGGACCUGCUGCGUGCUGUCCUGCAGCCCAGCAUCAAUGAGGAGAUCCGGGGCAUCUUCAACAAGUACAUGAAGUUUUUCCAGAAGGCAGCAAUGAACGUGCGUGAUAAUGUUGGGGAGGAGGUGGACCCAGAGCAGCUUAUCCAGGAGACGUGUCGGAGCUGCCUGGAGCAGGCCAAGCUGUUGUUCUCAGAUGGCAAAAAGAUUGUUCCCAGGUUGCCCCUUGAGCAGGCAGUGCCAAAGCGUGCCCGGCAGAUGGAUGAGGAGCUGAGCCGGCGUGGAAGCCCUGUUCCCAAAAAGAGGAAGGGGCGGCCCCCAGGACAGAGCCUGGCGAAUGACCGUGGGGUCUCAGGCAUGGCAGCGUGGAAGCUCAAAGUCUCUGAGCCUCUGAGAAGGGAUGGACCAAAGUGGGAUCCAUCCCGACUGACUGAAACCACAACCUUUGUGCUGGGAUCUCGAGCAAACAAGGCUCUCGGGAUGGGAGGAACAAGGGGGCGGCUCUACAUCAAGCAUCCCCACCUCUUUAAGUAUGCAGCCGACCCGCAGGAUAAGCACUGGCUGGCAGAGCAGCAGCACAUGAGGGCGACAGGGGGCAAGAUGGCCUACCUCCUCAUUGAAGAGGACAUUCGGGAUCUGGCUGCCAGUGAUGAUUACAGGGACUCGGUGGACCUGCGGCUGGAGGAGCUGAAGCCCUUCGUGCCGCCGGCCUGGAUGACGCAGAAGAUGCAGCGGCAUAUGGAGACGCUUCGCCGCGGGGGGGACGCUCCUCCCGCCGACGGCCCCCCAGAGGCCGCCCCGCCCCCCGAGCCCUGA